CUAACCUUAAAAAGCUAAGCUCAUCCGUAUCACGUUCCGGCUUGUCAUUCCGCCGACGGGCGCCACCAGCCACCUCACCUGAGUCAGCCGAAAGCUUCAGAUUCGAGCGUCUCAGUCACCCAGAUUCCCAAUUCAGCUGCACGUACUCAGUCAUGGAAAAUUUAGUUGAGUCAAUCGCUUCCAUUGAUUCAUCAGUGACAACUUCAUCAACCAAGCGUCGAGUUCAGAUCUUCCGAGAUGAGAUUCCGUCUAUUCUGAGCGUUUCAGAAAUGACGACUGAGAUUGCAUCUAUGUUGGUAGAUUUAAUUUUCAAGACGUUGUUUAUUUAUGAUGAUCGAAGUUCAUGGAAAGCAGUAGAUGAUUUAGUAAUAAAAUGUCUGAGAGAAGUAGCAUUUAUGAAGAGUUUUGCAGCAAUCCUUGUACAGGUUAUGGAAAAGACUGUAAAGUUUCAGUCACAUAUAGUCUGUCACAGACUUUGGAAGUGGUCCUGUUUCCUCCUGACUGAAAGCGAGUUUAUCUUAGCAUCAAAGAGUGCAUUUUGUAGAGUAGCUCAAGUCCAAGCAUCAAUUCUCCAUAUUGGCAUGCAAGGAUCACCUCGUGUUAGAAGAGCUUGCAAACAAUGUGUUUUCUUUUUGUUCUCGAAGUCACCUCAUAUUUAUGAGAGUUAUAUGGAAGAACUUAUAAAUUCAAGGAUUCCAUAUAAGGAUUGUCCCGAAAUUCUUCUGUUGAUGCUAGAAUUCUCAACACUCAAAUCAUCUCUAUUUGAUAAGUGGAAGCAAACAUUUCUUGAUAUGUACACCAAAUCAGUUCUAAAUGCAAGAGAAAAACCACCCAAGGACCUCAGUCAGGCGUUUGUUCCAUUAUUUGCUCGUCUGUCUCAUGAAGAUUUUCAAAAUACUGUUAUCCCACUGUCUGUCAAGAUGUUAAAACGAAACCCCGAGCUUAUUUUGGAAUCGGUUGCAGUCCUAAUGCAGUCGGCCAAACUUGACCUGAGCAAAUAUGCUCUGGAGAUGCUUUCAGUGGUGUUAACACAGGCAAGGCAUGCUGACGAAGGAAGAAGAACUACUGCCUUAUCUAUAAUACGAUGCUUGAGCACGAAGUCUAGCAGUCCAGAUGCUCUAGAAGAAAUGUUCAAUGCAGUCAAAUCUGUAUUGGGAGGUUCUGAAGGAAGGCUUACGUUUCCUUACCAGAGAGUUGGUAUGAUCAGUGCACUGCAAGAAAUGUCCAAUGCCUCUGAAGGAAAAUAUUUUACCAGCUUAUCAAGGAAUGUUUGUAGCUUUCUUUUAUGUUGUUAUAAGGAUGAUGGCAAUGAAGACGUAAAGCUUGCAGUUCUAGCUUGUUUUGCUUCUUGGUUAUCAAGGUGUGCGGAUGCCAUUGAUCAAGAUGUUGUUUCCUUCAUUGCAUCUGGGCUGAAAGAUAAGGAAACAUUGAGGAAAGGCCAUCUUCGUUGUGUCCGACUAAUUUGCAAAAACAUUGAUGCCGUUCCUCGGAUUUCAUCUUUGCUGGCACCUCUUCUCCAGCUUGUUAAAACAGGUUUCACCAAAGUAGCACAACGAUUGGAUGGAAUUUAUUCACUUUUCUGUGUGGCAAAAAUUUCUUCCAUAGAUGUUAAAGCAGAUGAGAUUGCAUCGAAGGAAAAGAUUUGGUCUUUAAUAUCACAGAAUGAGCCUUCAUUGCUACCAAUUUCUAUGGUCUCAAAGUUAUCAACAGAGGACUGCAUGGCAUGUCAUGACCUUUUUGAGACCCUUCUGAUUGAUCAUCCCCAGAGGAUGAUGGAGACUUAUCCCUUGAGCACAUUUGUACAGAUCAUUUUGUUUCUUCUUUGUCAUCCAAGUUGGGCUGUCAGGAAGGCAGCUUAUGAAUCUGUUAAGAAAAUUAUUGUUGCUAUUCCACAGUUAUCUGCAUCUACAAUGCUUGGCUUUUACAAUUAUCUCUCAAUGGUUAGUGAAAAGACUCUUCUUUUGAAGACAAGUGACACAGACAGCACAUUGGAAAACCUAAUUCCAACCCUUCCAUCAGUUGAGGUUCUAAUCAAGGCUUUAGUUACCUUAUUGCCAGCAACUUUAUUGGCUGCGCCACAUGUUUGCAUGCAAAUUUUGCUUUGUUCACAUCAUCCAUGUCUCAUUGGCUCAGCAAAUAGAAAUGCAGUAUGGAGGAGGGUGCACAAGUGUUUACAGAAGCAAGGUAUUGAUGCUGUUAAUCUCCUUACCAUUGAUGUUGCUUCUCUGUGUCAGGGUUUGCUGGGCUCUAGGGGCCUGAUGAGUGGAAAUCAUUUUGAGCAAGAAGCAGCAAUAAACUCAUUUUUUACUCUGAUGUCUAUAAUUCCUGGAGAUACUUAUGCUGAAUUUGUUAAGAACUUUAUCAACCUUCCAGACCGUCUUGCACAUGAUAUGUUCUCCGAAAAAGAUAUUCAGAUCUUCCGUACUCCUGAAGGGAUGCUUUCUACUGAACUUGGUGUUUUUAUUGCUGAAUCCGUUUCAGCUAAGAACACGAAACAACCAAAAGGCCGUUUCCGUGCGUAUGAGAGCAUCGAUGAAUUGGAAAAAGAAAAUUCAAAUCGUGUGCCAAAACCUGAAAUUUCUAGCAAAGAUAUGAAUGGGAGAAAAGAUGGUGGGAAGUUAACUAAGAAAUCCGAAAAGGAUAAGGUAAAGACUGCUAAGGAAGAGGCACGUGAGAUGCAGCUUAGGGAGGAAGCCAGCAUCCGUGAAAGAGUCAUAGUCGUGCAAAAUAAUAUUUCUUCAAUGCUGAAAGCUCUGGGGGAAAUGGCCAUAGCUAAUCGGGUCUUUGCACACUGCCAGCUACCUUCUAUGGUGAAACUUAUUGAUCCUCUACUACCCUCACCAGUUGUUGGUGAUGUGGCAUAUGCUGUGCUGGUGAAGGUAUCAAAGUGUGUUGCUCCUCCUCUCUCCAACUGGGCGCUUGAAAUUGCCACUGCUUUGAGGCUUAUCAAGACAGAGGAACCUAAUGUCUUAUGGGCACUAUUUCCAUCAGCUAGUGAGGAGGCUAAUGAAAAUCCUGGUCUUUUUGAGCAAGUAGUAAAUGGAUUAUCAUUUUCUUGUAAUUCUGAGCCUCUUCCUGUGGAUUCAUUUACUUUUGUUUUCCCAAUAAUGGAGAGGAUAUUGCUAGCUUCCAAGAAGACAAGGCUGCACGAAGAUGUCCUCCGCAUAAUUUUCUUGCAUUUGGACCCUGCAUUACCCCUUCCAAGGAUUAGAAUGCUAUCAGCUCUUUAUCAUGUUCUUGGUUGUGUUCCUGCUUAUCAAGCUUCCAUUGGACCAUCACUAAAUGAAUUAUGUCUAGGUUUGACUGCAGCAGAAGUUGCCCCUGCCCUCUCAGGUAUUUAUGCAAAAGAUGUCAAUGUAAGAAUGGCGUGCUUGAAUGCAGCGAAAUGCAUUCCUGCUAUUGCAGGCCACUCUAUUCCUCAAAAUGUCAAAGUUGCAACCAACAUAUGGCUUGCUUUACAUGACCCUGAAAAGUCGGUUGCUGAAGCUGCAGAAGACAUAUGGGAUCACUAUGGAUAUGACUUGGGAACUGAUUAUUCAGGAAUCUUCGAAGCCCUUUCAAACAUCAAUUUUAAUGUUAGAGUUGCCGCUGCUGAAGCAUUAGCUGCUGCUUUAGACGAAAAUCCUGACACUAUACAGGAGUCACUAUCAACUUUAUUCUCUUUGUAUAUCCGUGAUGCUGGAUUUGGUGAGGACAUUAUUGAUGCUGGCUGGAUAGGCAGGCAAGGGAUAGCAUUGGCUUUACACUCAGUUGCGGAUGUGCUUAAGACCAAAGAUCUGCCUGUUGUCAUUACAUUCCUAAUAUCAAGGGCUCUGGCUGAUCCCAAUGUGGAUGUGAGGGGAAGAAUGAUUAAUGCUGGUAUACUGAUCAUUGACAAGCAUGGAAAUGAUAAUGUGUCCCUGCUAUUCCCAAUUUUUGAAAAUUACUUGAACAAAAAGGCUUCAGAUGAAGAGAAAUAUGAUUUGGUACGUGAAGGCGUUGUGAUAUUUACUGGUGCCUUGGCAAAACAUUUGGCAAAGGAUGAUCCAAAGGUUCAUGCUGUUGUUGAAAAGUUGUUGGAUGUGCUAAACACUCCUUCCGAAGCCGUUCAACGUGCAGUUUCUUCCUGUCUUUCUCCUCUGAUGCAAUCAAAACAGGAGGAUGCACCUGGUCUUAUUUCUAGGCUUCUAGAUAAAUUAAUGAAGAGUGACAAAUAUGGGGAGCGGCGAGGAGCAGCAUUUGGACUUGCAGGGGUUGUUAAGGGUUUCAGGAUUUCCUGCCUAAAGAAAUAUGGUAUUGUGAAAGCAUUGCAUGAAGGAUUUCUUGACAGGAAUUCUGCUAAAAGUCGUGAAGGAGCAUUGCUUGCAUUUGAAUGCCUCUGUGAGACAUUAGGAAAAUUGUUUGAGCCCUAUGUCAUUCAAAUGCUUCCACUUCUUCUGGUUUCUUUCUCUGACCAAGUAAUCGCAGUCCGAGAAGCUGCAGAAUGUGCUGCUCGGGCAAUGAUGUCUCAGCUGACUGUUCAUGGAGUGAAACUAAUCCUUCCAUCACUUCUAAAGGGCCUUGAAGAUAAAGCUUGGAGGACAAAACAAAGUAGUGUGCAACUUCUUGGUGCUAUGGCUUACUGUGCGCCACAACAGUUAUCCCAGUGCCUCCCCAAAGUUGUGCCAAAAUUAACAGAGGUCUUGACUGACACUCACCCCAAAGUUCAAUCAGCCGGACAGACUGCACUACAACAAGUGGGGAGUGUUAUAAAGAAUCCAGAGAUAUCUGCCCUUGUGCCUACUCUUUUGACUAGCCUUAUGGAACCCAAUGAACACACAAAAUACUCCCUUGACAUACUCCUUCAGACAACUUUUAUCAACACAGUUGAUGCUCCAUCUCUAGCAUUAUUGGUACCAAUUGUCUAUCGAGGACUUAGAGAAAGGGGUGCUGAAACUAAGAAGAAGGCAGCCCAAAUUGUUGGGAAUAUGUGUUCUUUGGUCACAGAGCCAAGGGACAUGAUACCUUAUAUAGGCUUGCUUCUUCCUGAAGUUAAAAAGGUUCUCCUGGACCCUAUCCCGGAAGUUCGUUCAGUUGCUGCUAGAGCUAUUGGCUCUCUUAUAAGGGGAAUGGGGGAAGAAAACUUCCCAGAUUUGGUGCCUUGGUUGUUAGAUACUCUGAAAUCUGAUGGCAGCAAUGUUGAGCGCUCUGGAGCAGCCCAAGGCCUUAGCGAGGUAUUAUCUGCACUGGGUAUGGAGUACUUUGAGACCAUACUUCCAGAUAUUAUUAGAAACUGUUCCCAUCAAAAAGCAUCAGUUCGUGAUGGCUAUUUGUCACUUUUUAGGUAUCUUCCAAGAUCUUUAGGCACCCAAUUUCAGAACUAUUUGCAGCAGGUUCUUCCAGCAAUUAUAGAUGGACUUGCCGAUGAGAAUGAAUCUGUACGUGAUGCUGCACUUGGCGCCGGCCAUGUUUUGGUGGAGCACUAUGCAACAACGUCAUUACCUCUGCUUCUUCCUGCUGUGGAGGAUGGCAUAUUUAAUGAUAAUUGGCGUAUUAGGCAAAGCUCUGUGGAAUUAUUGGGUGACCUUUUGUUUAAGGUUGCUGGAACAUCUGGUAAAGCUCAUCUUGAGGGUGGCAGUGAUGAUGAAGGUUCAAGUACUGAAGCUCAUGGCCGGGCAAUCAUUGAGGUACUUGGAAGGGAAAAGCGUAAUGAAGUUCUUGCUGCCCUGUACAUGGUUCGGACUGAUGUCAGCAUAACUGUGCGCCAGGCUGCGUUACAUGUCUGGAAAACUAUAGUUGCUAACACUCCAAAGACCUUAAAGGAAAUUAUGCCGGUGUUGAUGAACACGUUAAUAAGCUCUCUGGCUUCCACAUCUUCUGAGAGGCGACAGGUUGCUGGACGAGCGUUGGGUGAGCUAGUUAGGAAACUUGGAGAAAGAGUGCUUCCAAUGAUCAUUCCAAUAUUAUCCCAGGGUCUAAACAACCCUAACCCUGGCAAAAGACAAGGUGUGUGCAUUGGUUUGAGUGAAGUGAUGGCAAGUGCUGGGAAAAGCCAGUUGCUGAAUUUCAUGGACAAGCUUAUCCCAACCAUUCGAGCAGCACUUUGUGAUAGCAUGCCUGAGGUCCGAGAAUCAGCAGGGCUGGCAUUCAGCACUCUUUACAAGAGUGCUGGAUUGCAAGCAAUUGACGAGAUCGUACCAACACUUUUGCAUGCUCUAGAGGAUGAUCAACUCUCUAAUACUGCUCUCGAUGGCUUAAAGCAGAUUCUAAGUGUCAGGACCAGUGCUGUGCUACCUCAUAUCCUUCCCAAGCUUGUACAUCUACCUCUCUCUGCCUUCAAUGCUCAUGCUUUGGGAGCUCUAGCAGAAGUUGCGGGACCUGGUCUUGAUGCCCAUCUUGGUACUAUCCUUCCUGCAUUGCUCACUGCAAUGGGCUAUACUGAUGUGGAGGUCCAAAGUUUGGCCAAGAAAGCAGCAGAAACUGUUGUUUCAGUAAUCGAUGAGGAAGGCAUCGAGCCUGUUUUGUCAGAGCUUCUCAAAGGAGUUGGGGAUAGUCAGGAAUCAACCAGAAAAGCUUCUGCUUACUUGAUUGGAUUUUUGUUCAAAACCAGUGAUCUAUAUCUUGUUGAUGAAGCUCCAAAUGUGAUAUCCACUCUGAUUAUUUUACUAAGUGAUUCAGAUGCAGCUACUGUUACGGCUGCGUGGGAAGCUUUAUCAUGCGUGAUAAGCUCAAUUCCUAAAGAAGUUCUUCCUUCAUAUAUAAAGUUGGUUCGUGAUGCUGUAUCAACAUCAAGGGACAAAGAACGCAGGAAGAGAAAGGGAGGACCAAUUAUAAUACCUGGUUUUUGUCUCCGGAAAGCUCUUCAACCUGUACUUCCUAUCUUCCUUCAGGGUCUUAUGAGUGGAUCAGCUGAUCUAAGAGAACAAGCUGCUUUAGGCCUUGGCGAAUUAAUUGAAGUGACAAGUGAGCAAUCAUUAAAGGAGUUUGUAAUCCCAAUCACCGGGCCAUUGAUUCGUAUAAUAGGGGACAGAUUCCCGUGGCAAGUGAAAAGUGCAAUUCUCUCAACUUUAACCAUCAUAAUACGGAAGGGGGGUUUGGGACUAAAGCCCUUUCUUCCCCAGCUUCAAACAACAUUUGUUAAAUGCUUGCAGGAUAACACAAGAACUGUUCGGACAACUGCUGCUCUUGCACUUGGGAAGCUUAGUGCACUCACAACUAGGAUUGAUCCUCUUGUUGGUGAUCUAUUGUCUGUUUUACAGAUGUCAGAUGUUGCAAUUCGUGAGACUAUUUUGACUGCUUUAAAGGGAGUGAUCAAACAUGCUGGCAAAAGUUUGAGUAGUACUUCAAGAACACGUGUCUAUACACUCUUAAUGGAUUGGAUAAACAAUGAUGAUGACCAAAUACGAGUGUGUGCUGCCAGUAUAUUAGGAAUCAUAUCACAGUACUUGGAAGAUGAAGAAGUUGCUAACGUUCUUAGUGAGACUGCAAAUUCAGCAUUAUCACCUAAUUGGUGCACAAGGCAUGGAGCAGUACUCACGAUCUCUUCCAUCCUAAAGCACAAUCCUGCCUUCAUUUGCACUUCUUCAUCAUAUGAAGCUGUAGUAAAUUGUCUCAAAAGUAGCCUAAAAGAUGAAAAGUUCCCAAUUCGUGAAACAUGUGCAAGAGCAUUUGGAAGACUUUUAUACCAUCAAGUUGAGAGUGAUUCUUCAAACGCUUCUUCACAUCUUGAGAUUCUUGGUUCGUUAGUACUGGCCAUGCAAGACGAUUCAAGUGAAGUCAGAAGAAGAGCAUUGUCUGCUCUAAAGAGCGUUGCCAAAUGUAACCCUAGUGCAUUAAUGAUCCAUGUAUUAAAAUAUGGUCCUGUACUAGCUGAUUUGCUGAAAGAUGGAAGUUCACCGGUGAGACUUGCAGCAGAGAGAUGUGCCUUGCAUGCUUUUCAAUUGGAUAAAGGUGUAGACAAUGUUCAAGCUGCACAAAAGUUUAUCACGGGUUUGGAUGCUAGGCGGAUUUCCAAGCUUCCAGAGCAUAGUGACGCGAGCGACGAAAGUGAUGUUGAUUCUGUGGCCUGAUUUUGCUUUCCAAUUUAUACUUUUCUUUGCCUUUUCAAAUUUUAACAACGGACGAUGAUGUUUCCGUGGCGCGGGAAGUACAUAGCUUCACUUGUGGGGGGAGAGAUGCCAACAUAUAUAUUACACACAAACACAUUGGCUUUGAGGUCCAACCCUUAACGUUGUGAUAUAAACUUAUGUAACAUAUUUGAUCAUCGCAUUGUAAUAUAUCGUGCGAAUUUCGCCUGUUAAGUUCUUAGAAUGUCUUUCAAGUUAUGUACAUUUCGCUAUUGCCCUUGCAGUAUGUAGACUGUAUGCGAUAUAUGUGCCAAAUUUUGAAGUUGCCUUUUUGUUCUUGUUUUGAAAGAAGGAAGUUGCUUAUUAUUGGCCACACUAUUCUGAACUGGUUUAAACCCUCCUGUUCGGCCGAAUCCGGUUCACCAUAUUUUCCAAUUCGAAACCUAAAGGAGAAUUCCAGCAAACCCCAAACCCUGCCGGGGAAAAUUAAGACACGCCGGGGAAAGUAAGGGAGGUAAGGUUAUCUGCAUUUUAUUGGCCAAAUUGGCUAAAUAUCGAGGUAAUAGAAUAGGCCGCUUCACCCAAUCGCACGAAACCAAUAGCCAUCUUCACAUCGCCUUCUUCUUCCGGUUCCGAUCGCACAGGUAUUCCUAUCGCCGUUCAAUUUUAACUUUUUUAUCGGAAUUGCUCUGCUCUUCAAUUCCUCCAUAAACGCUGCAUAGUUAAUCUCUCUUUUGUUUCAAUUUUGAUCGCCAUCUGCUGCUCAAGCGCUGCUGAAAUCAGAUUGUUUUUAGGUGUUUAUUUUUGUUCUGCGAUGGACUUCAAUUUCUAUCGCCAUCUGCUGCUCCUUUGC